AUGCCGAAUUGCGAGCAGAUGAGUAAACAGAGCUGGAUACAGGUGACACUUCUAUCAUUACACACUCCUGACUUUUUAUCUGGACUCCUCUUGUGUAGACCGAAAGGUCGUCCAGCCGACCCCUUGGCAGGGCUCAAACCCUUCAUUAUCCCCCGAGGCAUACGUAGGCCAUGCUUCAAUCUACAGCAGAUUUGUUGGUCGUACCGGCCAGGCGAUGCACCUGGUCGCAUUGCUUUUAGUAUUAUUGCAGUCAGAAGCCCACCUCCUGCCUCGUCGUGA